AUGGCAGCUUUUUAUUGGACCAUCCUUCUGAUUCCAGUUGUUACCAACCAAAGUGGAGGUGGACCUCCAAGACCGGAGAUUCGUGUGGAUGGAGAUUUUGUACUUGGAGGACUUUUCCCAGUACAUGAAAAAGGUGGUCCUGGGGCAGAGUGUGGACGAAUGAACGAGCAUCGUGGCUUACAACGCCUGGAGGCUAUGCUUUUUGCUUUGGAUGCUAUAAACAUGGAUCCACAUCUGCUUCCUGGACUCCACUUAGGAGCACACAUUCUGGAUACCUGUUCCAAAGACACAUAUGCACUUGAGCAGGCAUUAGAACUGGUGCGAGGCUCCUUGACACGAGCAGAUGGCCCUCAACAUCUUUGCCCAGAUGGUUCAUAUGCCAUCCAUGGAGAUACCCCUACAGCUAUAAGUGGUGUCAUAGGAGGCUCCUACAGCGAUGUGUCUAUUCAGGUUGCCAAUCUCCUUAGACUCUUCCAGAUUCCACAGAUCAGUUACGCUUCUACAAGCGCCAAGCUGAGCGAUAAAUCACGGUAUGACUUCUUUGCACGUACAGUGCCUCCAGACUUCUAUCAAGCCAAAGCCAUGGCAGAAAUAUUACGCUUCUUCAACUGGACAUAUGUUUCCACAGUGGCAUCAGAGGGUGACUAUGGUGAGACAGGAAUCGAGGCAUUUGAACAAGAAGCACGUGCCCGUAACAUUUGUAUAGCCACUUCAGAGAAGGUGGGACGGUCCAUGAACAAGAAAACAUUUGCCAGUGUUAUACAAGCAUUAAGGCAAAAACCAACUGCACGAGUGGUUGUUCUCUUCACCAAGAUUGAGGAUGCACGAGAACUGUUGGCUGCCGCUCAGAGACUAAAUGUGUCCUUCAUGUGGGUAGCAAGUGAUGGAUGGGGGGCACUGGAAAGUGUGGUCUCUGGCAGUGAGGAGGUGGCUGAAGGUGCAAUUACCAUUGAGUUAGCAUCUUAUCCAUUAUGGGAGUUUUCCAAGUAUUUCCAACUGUUGCACCCUUACAAUAACACACGAAAUCCCUGGUUCCGAGAGUUCUGGGAAAACAAGUUCCAGUGCCGGCUCUCAACUCCAGAAUGUGCUGGCCAUUCCUUGAGAGAAGUGAAGUUUGAGCAAGAGUCCAAGAUCAUGUUUGUUGUGAAUGCGGUGUAUGCCAUAGCUCAUGCACUUCACAAUAUGCACCAAGCAAUGUGUCCUAACUCAAGUCAAGUGUGCCCAGCCAUGAACCCGAUAAACGGGCGCAGAUUCUAUAGAGACUAUAUCUUGAAUGUAAAGAUUGAUGCUCCAUUUCCCCCUCCUGAUACUCAGAGCACGGUGCGGUUUGACAAAUACGGGGAUGGCAUUGGUCGCUACAACAUCUUCAAUUUCCAGAACACAGAUGGGCAUUACCACUACCAGAAGGUGGGCUACUGGGCAGAAGAGUUAACACUUAAUACCAAAUUGAUUCCGUGGGCACGAAAUGCAGUGCCAGUAUCCCAGUGUAGUGAUCCUUGUAAGAAAAAUGAGGUGAAAAGCAUGCAACCCGGAGAUGUCUGCUGUUGGAUCUGCAUCCCCUGUCAGCCACACGAGUACUUGCUGGACGAGUUAACAUGCAUGGAUUGCGGCCUGGGAUAUUGGCCCACUUUAGAGUUGACUGGUUGCUAUGAAUUACCCCAGGAGUAUAUCCGUUGGAGGGAUGGAUGGGCGUUGGGUCCUGUUUGUCUUUCCUGUCUUGGACUGCUUUCCACACUUUAUGUUUUUGGGGUUUUUAUGCAGAACAACAACACUCCAAUUGUAAAGGCAUCAGGCAGGGAACUUUGCUACAUCUUACUGAGUGGGGUGCUUCUAUGCUAUGCUAUGACCUUUAUCUUCAUUGCCAAACCCUCUACAUCAGUCUGCACUCUACGUCGUCUUGGACUUGGCACAUCCUUUGCAAUCUGUUAUUCGGCUCUACUCACCAAGACUAAUCGUAUUGCUCGCAUAUUCAAUGGAGCUAGAGAUGGAGUCCAACGACCGCGUUUCAUCAGCCCGGCCUCACAGGUGGGCAUCUGUCUAGUGCUCAUCUCUUGCCAGCUGAUAGUGGUGGUGAUCUGGCUGCUGAUUGAGCCACCUGGCACCCGCAAAGACACAGCUCCAGAUAAACGUUACGUAGUGACGUUAAAGUGUAACAGCGGUGAUGGCAGCAUGUUGAUGUCACUUUCAUACAAUGUUUUGCUUGUCCUUCUCUGCACCCUCUAUGCUUUUAAGACUCGGAAGUGCCCUGAAAACUUCAAUGAGGCAAAAUUUAUCGGCUUUACAAUGUAUACCACCUGCAUUAUUUGGCUGGCAUUCCUGCCCAUAUUCUAUGUAACCUCCAGUGAUUACCGGGUUCAGACAACCACGCUCUGUGUAUCAGUGAGUCUCAGUGGAUCUGUGGUCCUUGGCUGCCUAUUUACUCCAAAGCUUCACAUUAUCAUCUUUCAGCCACAAAAAAACGUCACAAGUCACCGCAGCGCCACCAACCGGCUAAGCGCUACAGGAGCUGGCGGGUCACAUGGUUCAGCUGUGCAGUACGUCCCAACAGUCUGCAAUGGACGGGAAGUGGUGGAUUCAACGACCUCAUCGCUCUGA